AUGACAUCUAAUCCCGCCACGGUACCCACACCCCACGCCGCCGACCUUCCGGUCUCACCGUCAACGUCGGCAGGCAACGGUGUCUCGCAGGUUUCGACGCCGAAUGCGGCGUCUCCAGCAACCACUGCUCAACAACAGCAGCAGCAGGGUGGUGUGCAGCAGCAACAACCGCAAACGCCGCAACAGCCACAUUAUGGAGUGGGCGGAUCAUUGGCGUUGGGAUCUGCCGCUGUGGCGGGGAGCCGUUUAAAGAGGCAAUCCGUAGGCGCAAACAGUCCUACCGGUGUGCAGGCUGCUCCGUUCGCAGCGGGUCGCCUUGCAAUCGAAACUGCGUUUUCGCGGCCUGCAUCGCAUUUACACCCGAAUCAGGCGGCAGGAACGUCGGCCCGAUCGGGAACCGGGCCUGCUCCCACAUCCGCGGCCAUGUCGGCCGUAGCAGCGGCGGCAGCGAUCGUGGCCAAUGCGACUCCGCUUCGCAAAUCCAGGUCCAUGUCGUUUUACGUGGAUCUGACUAGUCCAAUCUCUCCCAUAUCCUCAUCGUCAUCAUCCUCCACUGCCCGGUCAACAUCCUCCGGUCGGCCACUAGACCUGUCCGACGAUACCGCACAGCAAGAAGCACCAUCGAAAAAGGCCCGUCUGCAAAUCCCCUCCCCACAUCCCUCCAGCAACAACACAACAGCCCUCCCAUCCCCCAAAAACUCAUCGCGUCCCCCAGACUUUAUCUUCCCUCCCUUCACGCGCGACCGCGGCACCAGCGCCGAAAUCUACACCCGCAUGACGCAUCGCCUCCUCCGCGCGCAAUCCAUCCGCGACCACGCCAUCCACGACCGCCGGGCCCGUCUCCGCCGCCGCUUCGAGCAGAUCCGAUACCGCAUCCUCCUCCAGAAACAGCGCGAGCGGCUGACCAGCUUGAAAAUCCAGGCCAAAUCGGAGUACGCCAUUUCGGCUGCCAACCUCAAACGCCAGCUCAUUCUGAAACGCAAUAUGGACAGAUGCGGGGCGGCGGUGGAACGCGCGCAGACGGUGGCCAUGGCACAUAAAUUGCGCAAAUUCAUGGAGUUGAGACGAUCGUUUUCGGAGAAUUUCGCAGAGUUGCUUGCGUCCGCUGGCGAUUCGUCUGAUGUCGUUGGCACGUUGACGCUGACGGGGACGGGCGCGGAUGUGCUGAGAGCGAUGGACGCGUAUCGCACGACGUUAUCACUCGCCGAUGCGGAGAUGGGUGCGUUGGGAUUGAGGGAUUUUCCGAUGGAUGCGGGGGAGGAGUACGACGCCGAGACGCCGAUGGUGGGGCCGCGUAUGAGUCCCGGUGGUGGUGGAUCCGCGUUCAGUCAUACUUCGCCGGCCGGACAUCAUGUCGAUCUGGCUGCGUUGCGCGGUGGGAUUUCCGCGAAUGAUGGCGGUAGUGGAGGGAAUGCGAGUGCGAACGCAGACCAGGCUGAUGGGCAUGGACGAGCGGCACCGGCCUCCUCUUCAUCGCUCUCCCGCGGCCCACCCAGCGGCGGUGUGCAUAACGCCCCGUCUUCAUCUUCCGGCACCGCGCCCGCAGCAGACCAUCCCGGCGGCGCUAGCAGCAACAAUGGCACCAACGGCGUCCGCCCCUCCAACCGCGGCGAUCGCGGUGUCGACACCUCGCUCUUGAGCACGACCACCAACACCAACACUUCCUCCCUCCUCGGCAGCGCAGGCACCUCCACCCCCUCCCCAACCACCGACCCCUCCAUCACCGCCGCCACCGCCGCCGCCGCCGACCUCCUCCUCUCCUCCACGCAAGACUUCCCGUCCCCAACCCACCCCACCCCGCCCUCAACCGGCGAAUCCCUCUCCGCAACCAUCCUACGUCUCCGCAUCCUCCCCAUCUCCAUACUCGAAGAAAUGGAAGAAACAGACUACCUCCAGCUCCUCCCCCUCCUUCCCCCAAUCACGCGCUUCACCCUCCGCGAGCUCGAACUCACCGAGAUCCUCUCCAACGCCCAACUACGGCACGACCUGUUCUUUGACCCGGAAUUGCAGUUUAAACCCAAUCUGGAUGGCGAGCAGGGCGCGGAGAAACGUGAAGCCGGGGACGCGUAUUGGACCGAUGUCGAGGUCGAGGUCGCGGAAGGCCACACCUUCCGUCUCCCCCUCCUCCUCUACGAAAUCCGCUGUAUCCUCGUCGAACUGCUCCCCUACACCCAAGAACGCCGCGAGGAACUCGACCGUAACCUCGACGUUGCGCUGAUUGCCCAGCAGAUUGAGCAUGGGGUCUUGAACCCGGUGGGGUUGGUGGGCUACCUUGCAGGCUUGUUGAAGGCGAAUUGUGCGCCGGCGAGGGAUGAGCUUGUGGAUCAGAUGGUGGAGUGGUGUAAGGGUGGGGAUAUUGUGAGGACGUUGAGGACGUGUUUUGAGGUUUUGGAAUUGAUGAAGUUGGACUACGCGAACCACCAACUCCAACGCGUACGCCCCUACGUCGUCGAACAUGCCACCGAAUUCGAAUGGCGGUGGUUCAAAGACCAGUACGAGGCCGAAGCCAUCAAACUCGACGAUACGAUUCUGUGGCUGCAACAGGCGCUCGAGAAGUGGUUUCCGGACUCGUUGCCCAACUCGCCCUCCCCAACAACCACGACAACAACACCAGUGAAAGCCCAACAACCACCGCCCGCCGUUCAACAACUCCACUUGAAAUCACUUUUACAUUUGAUUUCUCAAAGUCAUCUUUUGUCUCAACACCCCACAACAAUCCCCCUCCCCGAAACCCUGCGCAUGGACGUCUCCCGCCUCGUCCAAUACUACAACGACUGGCAAGACAUCACAAUCAUGGCCGCUCUCCUCGUUCUCUUCCGGCAAGCCUGCGCCGGUGCUCCGCGGCCGCCUUCCCAAAACCAACUCGAAGAACUCAAACGAACACUCUGGGUGUUGCUUAACGACCACGAGACGACCAUGGUGCAUGUUACAUUACAGAUGUGUCGUGCGGCUGGGGUGGUUAGAGGAAGGGAGUUUGGCGAACGGGAGGUCGGGAUGAUGGAACGGUUGGUGGAGAGUACGUUGCAGCCGGAGAGUCGGUUGUAUGAGAUUAUCAGGGGACGGGUGGGCGGGGUUGUUGAGCGGUGGGUUGCGGGGGAUGCGACCAUCGUUGGGGGAGGGAAUACUGUUGCCGCGAGUCCGGCUAGUACGACGAGUACAACGAGUACGGAUUCAGUUACCUCGCCUGAUCAACGCCCCGUUAAACCCAUCCCGGCGGCAUCGACCAUCAAACCCGCCCCCACAACAACAACAACAACUACAACUUCAACCACCCCCCGGAUGUCCCACCCAGAACUCGCGAAAAUCGGCCUUUUAGAGCUCGAAGACGAGCUGAUUGAGCUCGCGGAACGGUGCAGGCGGCUCGUGCAGCAUAACUGGACCGUUUUCGCGAACCUGUAUGUUGGGGUUGUGGGGGGGUUGUGUGAUCCAGCGGUUGUGUAUGCUGUGGGGGAUGGGGAAGAAGAGGUGAAGGCUGCGUGA